GACACACCACUGCUUGUGAGUGCGCAUGCGCCGCUACAUAUUUUCGCUGCAUUUCUUCCUUUCCCCGCUUAAACAAACUUAAACAAUCUGUUUCUCUGAGUGAGUGUAAGUGCAUGUCCAGAUACAUGAGGCCUCCAAACACGUCUCUGUUCGUCCGAAACAUCUCCGACGAGUCCAGAAAAUGUAAAAGCAUCCAGUUGUGGAAACCGGCCACACAAAGAGUAACAAAGACCCCAUGUAGAGUAGCUGUAAAGACAAGUCACACAGACCUUCAGGAUCAGAGGGAGGGGAAAAAGGUUGAAAAGAGAAAGUAAAGCAUGAAGAGGAAAAGGGAACGGAGACAAAGCUUGGAUAUGGCGGCAAAGAAUUGGGAAAAGAAAAAGAGGUUUAAGAGGAAAAAGGAAAGCAGGAAACCCCCAAGUCUCUGUGGGAGUCGAUUAAAGAGUGUAAAGAUCAAGAUGAAGUUCAAAGUCAAGCAUGGGCAAAGCAUAUUUGAGGAUGUGCGUGACGCAGAGGACGCUCUUCACAGCCUGGACAGGAAAUGGGUCUGCGGACGGCAGAUCGAAAUCCAGUUCGCGCAGGGCGACCGAAAGACACCGAACCAGAUGAAGACGAAGGAAAGGCGUUCCCCGGGCAGAUCCUCUCGAUACGACGACUACGACCGAGACAGCCGCCGCAGACGUUCGCGCAGCCGCAGCUACGACCGAUACAGAUCACGCAGCCCUUCUAACGAACGCCACCGCAGACGGUCGGAGAGUCCUCGAGAGUCUCGUGGACGGAUGUACGGUCGAGGAAGAAGCAGGAGCCGCGAGGAUGAGAGAUGCAGGCAGAGGCCUCGCAGAGAGUCCAGAGGCAGAUCUCGAUCACGAUCUAAAUCGGCGUCCCCGCGAGAAAACCUCAACCCGGCGUCGACUUCCCAUUACGCCGAGGAAGAAGUGCGUCACGCACACUCCCCGUCCCGCUCGAGGUCCCGGUCCGCAUCCAGAUCACGUUCCCGCUCGCGUUCUCGGUCCCGAUCCUGGGCCGGACGCAAGUCAGGAGGACGCUAGAACAAUCUCUGCUCCCCUCCCUCCUCCUCUUAUCCGUCGUUAUGUCAGAUGGACCAGAGAAAAGAUUUGUUUGUUUUGACAUGAAUGUAACGUCCACUGAAGCGUUUGUAGAAAGCUUGUUUUUCUUUUUGCAGCUCCAUUUUAAGAACGUCGAUCUCUGCUUGGUUUUAUAAGAUUGUUUUUUGGUUCAGAUGUCCUGAAAGCGACACGAGACAGUCACCAGUUUGUGUGUUCAGUGGUAGUCGGCCUGGAAUAAUUGUCUUUUUUAUAAACGGUUACUGAUAAUUUUGUUCUCUAAACCCUAUGCACCCAGUUUUGCAAAAAAAAUAAAAAUACAAAAAUAAAAAACAUCCAGUAUUUUGAAACAAGUCUAAAGCAACGUUUCUGUGUUUUAUCACACAUCAGGUACUUUUUACGUCACGACUGAACUUAAAUGUAAAAAAAAAAAACUUAAAAAUUGCUUGAGAUAAUCAACUUUUGUCGCAGACAACUUGACAUUCAAGUUUUAAGUUUUACAACAAGUCGCCGAUCAGAAAAUGGAAGAGAAACAUUAGAGGUCUGUUUGAAGACGAUCAGCAGUCGUACAAAGUAUCCGAGUAUCCUUGAUGAACACAGAAACGCAGCCGUGGUCCUUAAAAGUGUUAAAAGUUAGUCGACCUUAACCACAACCUGUUUAAAAUGUACAUUAACCUUUUUUUUUUCCAUUUUGUGGUGUUUUCUGUACGAUUAAACCUUUCAAAGAGGUGUUUUAUUUUUGGAACUAUUUCUCCAGAUUUCGGUUCAGAGAGGAGGAACGAACGUUUCUCAAACUGUGUUGAUGGUUUUUCAGACUGAAUCUUGUCACUGCAUGUUUUAUUCUCCUAAACUUCUAUCUUUAGUGGGAAGAAACCGUUAUUUUGAGUAAUAAAUGGAUAACAUUCAGAAUAAGGAAA